AUGACUAGAAAGGAUUUUGUUGAAUUAGCAGUGGCUUUUGCUGAAAAGCUUAAAGAAGAAAAUAUACAAAAAGGAGAUUAUAUUGCUUUGGUGGGAAAUAACGGUUUGUUUAUGAAUGUUGCUUUAAUUGGAAUAUUAUUUAUGGGUGCUGUUCCUUUUCCAAUAACCUAUAAAACAAGCCUUGAUGAAUUUCAUAUUCUUUUUAAAAAGAUCAAACCAAAAUAUUUUGGAUGUGAUGGAACAAAUGUCAUAGCUCUUAAAAAUGCUCUAGCAGGUGUUGAAGCCAUUGACACCUCUAAAAUUUUUGUUUUGGAUCACAUUCAAGGCAUUGAUUCAACACAUGUUACAUUUCAUGAUUUUAUUAAAAACACAAGAGGAAAUGUUGCUAAUUUUCAACCAGCCAUGGUUGAUAAUGUUGAAAAUGAUAUUGCUUUAAUAAUAAAAGGUCUCAGGCACAGCACUUAUGGAAAAGCCAUAGGGAUAACUCAUUCAAAUUUUAACACUCUUAUUGCUUCUUUCGAAGAUACUAAAAGUGAAAUAAAUAAUGUCAUAUUAAUGUGUCAAAAGGUUAUGUGGAUGUCAGGGAUUUACAGUCUUAUUUGGUCAACUUGUUUCAAUUCGAAAUUAAUUAUAAUGAGUAAAUUUGAAGAAGAAAGUUUUGUUUCAGCCAUAGAAAAGUACAAAGUGACAUCAAGUUAUUUAUAUUCUUCGAGAUUUUGGCAAUUGUAUAAAUAUAAUUACUCGAAAGAAUAUGAUUUGUCCAGUUGUAAAAAUAUUUACGGUUUCGAUGGUUAUUUGCCUCAUGUUUUAGUGUCUGGGUUAAAGGAAAAAUUAAAUUUGACCGUUCAACCGUGUUACGCCGCGAGUGAAUUAACCGGAGUUUUUUUAGAAACUGUCACAUAUCAAAAUAAUAUUGCACUGUGGAAAUUAAAACCAAGUUUUUACGGAAAGGUUAUACCAAAUGAAAAGAUAAAUGUAGGAGGACCUACAGUUAAAGGAGAAAUAUGUAUAAAAGGACCUCAAGUAACGAAAGGAUACAUAAAUGAUUCUGAUUCAAAUCGACAAUUGUUUGACAAAGAAGGUUUUUUUCAUACUGGAUUGUACGGUUAUUAUAACCACGAUGGUUAUUUUAUUGUUAUCGAUAAUAUUUAUUAUGUAAUUAAAUAUAAACAACACAAAAUAUCUCCAAAAGAAUUAGAAGGAAUAAUAAAAUCUCUUGAACCUGUAAAAGAUGCUUUGGUAUCAGGUAUCAAACAUCCAAGAGAUGGUUAUUAUCCUAUAGCUUUUGUCACUCUUCAAAAAGGGAAAAACAUGACGGCGGGAGAAAUUAUUAAUUACGUAAACAAUAAAGUUGAAGAUCACAGUAAACUUAGAGGAGGAGUGAUAUUUGUACCGAAAAUUCCCAGAUCUAGAGAAACGGGAGCAUUAAAUCGUAAACUUGUUAAAAAUGUUUUAUCCAGGUUUAAAAUUUGUACGGAAGUGGAUUGUGAUAUAGAAAUAAAUGAUAAACCCGUUAAAACCUGA